AUGUUGAGGAGUCAACGCCAACAAAGACGGCAGAACUCACAACUCUGUGGUUGCCCUGCUCAGUCCUGGCUGAAGGGUGGAUAUCUGGUGUGUCAGCCCCUUGGCUUCGGAUUUCUUAGGUCGCUCCAGCCACCAAAAAAAUGGGCAACGACUCGGGAGGGCGCCCCGUGCCGUCGCAGGGAAGUCUUGUCCUUUGUCUCAGUCUUCAACAGCGCUGUUACUCGGUUUGGUCCAGAGAAAUGGCAUUCCAAUUGUCUCUUGACCCAGGCGAACCUCGUCAGAAACUUGGCAUGCUUGAUUGAUGACGACGGAGGCGCUGAAAUACCUUUAUCAGUUUUCAAGAAUCAACCCCGUAUGAGAAACCAGGCUUUGUGCUUCGAGCGGAUUUCCAUUCUCCGAAAAUGCGAGCCACUUUGGUCAGUUCUCUCAUUUCAGUCUGCAGCCUCAGGCUCUUUUCGUCAUUGCCAGAAGCUGGGCGAAGAAGGCUGA